AAACAGUGAAAAAAAAAAUCAGUCUGGAGUAUUGACUCGUGGGCAACAGACCCCCUCUACGAAACAGCGGCAGCAAAUAGUUUGGCCGGCAAUUCGGAUUUUAUCCAAAAAAUAUAUCUUUGACAUUUCGAAAUAAAACACUCACAACUAACACAUUGUUAAGGACAUACAUAUUUAUUUAAAAAAUGGCAGCCACGAAUCCCACUAUGACACAACAAGGUCCUGCCUUUGAUUCCAAUUGCAUGACACUGACACGUUUUGUGCUGCAGGAACAACGUAAAUUCAAACAUGCCACCGGUGAUUUGUCUCAAUUGUUGAAUUGCAUACAGACUUCCAUUAAGGCUAUUGCCUCGGCGGUUCGUAAGGCUGGCAUUGCCAAAUUGCAUGGUAUUGCUGGAGAUGUCAAUGUGCAAGGUGAAGAGGUGAAAAAAUUGGAUGUUCUUUCCAAUGAGCUGUUUAUCAAUAUGUUGAAAUCUUCCUAUACCACCUGCCUGAUGGUGUCCGAGGAAAAUGAAAAUGUCAUAGAGGUGGAGACUGAAAAGCAGGGCAAAUACAUAGUCUGCUUUGAUCCCUUAGAUGGUUCCUCGAAUAUUGAUUGUCUGGUCUCUAUAGGUUCAAUUUUUGCCAUUUAUCGCAAAAAAUCCGAAGGUGCUCCCAGUGUUCAAGAUGCUUUGCAGCCUGGCCGUGAAAUUGUUGCUGCUGGCUAUGCCUUGUAUGGCUCGGCCACCGCCAUUGUUCUGAGUUUGGGUCCUGGUUCAGGGGUAAAUGGCUUCAUGUAUGAUCCCGCCAUUGGUGAAUUCAUUUUAACCGAACCCAAUAUGCGUGUGCCCGAAAAGGGUAAAAUCUAUUCCAUCAAUGAGGGUUAUGCGGCCGAUUGGGAGGCCGGAGUCUUUAAUUAUAUUGCUGCCAAAAAGGAUCCCAGCAAAGGCAAGCCCUAUGGUGCCCGCUAUGUGGGCUCUAUGGUUGCGGAUGUCCACCGUACCAUUAAAUAUGGAGGUAUUUUCAUCUAUCCCGCCACCAAAUCAGCUCCCAAUGGUAAAUUGCGUUUGUUAUACGAAUGCAAUCCCAUGGCCUAUUUGAUGGUUGAGGCCGGUGGCUUGGCCAGUAAUGGCAAAAUCUCUAUUUUGGAUAUUUUGCCUCAAAAGAUACACGAAAGAUCGCCCAUAUUUUUGGGAUCCAAAAAAGAUGUGGAGGAAGCGCUUAGUUAUUAUCAGAAAUCUUAAAAACAAAAAAAAAAUAAAAAAAAAUGUGAUUAGUUUUGGACUUUAA